AUGGCACAAGUUGACUGCGACAAUUGGCAGGAAUGGUGGACAUACGACGGCAUAUCUGGGCCAGCGUAUUGGGGGCUCAUGAAUCCACAAUGGAACAUGUGUUCUAGGGGCAGGAGGCAAAGCCCCGUUAAUGUGGAACCAGACAAACUGCUCUACGAUCCCUAUUUGAGGCACAUUCACAUCGACAAACACAAAGUUAGUGGGACGUUGCACAACACUGGCCAAUCGCUGGUGUUUCGUGUGGAAAAAGACACUAAACAACACGUGAAUAUUUCGGGAGGUCCACUGGCGUACCGAUAUCAGUUUGAGGAAAUUUAUAUUCAUUAUGGCACCGACAAUCAACAAGGAUCCGAGCACCACAUUCAAGGCUACUCAUUUCCUGCUGAGAUCCAGUUCUACGGAUUUAAUAAGGAGUUAUAUCAUAACAUGUCGGAAGCGCAGCAUAAAUCACAAGGAAUCGUUGCCAUCUCACUAAUGGUGCAGAUUGGGGACACGCCGAACGGAGAGCUCAGACUGAUCACGAGCGUAUUUAACAAGGUGCAGUAUAAAGGUGCUUCCACUCCUGUCAAGCACAUUUCACUGCGAGCUUUGCUGCCCAACACAGACCAUUUCAUGACUUACGAGGGAUCGACGACACACCCGGGAUGUUGGGAAACCACAGUGUGGAUCAUCCUUAAUAAGCCCAUUUAUAUUACCAAACACGAGUUAUACCAGUUACGGAAGUUAAUGCAAGGCUCGGAGGAGGCUCCGAAAGCUCCGUUGGGAAAUAACGCGCGUCCCAUUCAGCCCCUGCACCAAAGGACGAUUCGAACGAAUAUAAACUUCAAAAAUGUGCCGGAAAACAACUGUCCGUCGAUGCACAAGGACAUGUACUAUAGAGCUAACAAAUGGUCGCCGAGCGUCAAGGAUUUGCCGUACAUGCACUCUUUACAUUAAAACUGACAACAGAAGGAAUUAGGACUUAAAAAAUUCAUCUUUGAGAGCAAUUUUGGCUUUUAAUGGCUCCCAAUCUUCCCGAUUAUUCACGGCCCGCAAGAAUAUUCUCACUAGAUAAUUUGGUCAAGAGAAGUCUUAUAUGGGAAGUAUUUAAUUUUGAUGUCUCUCAGAAGGAGGAAUGUUAAAACCUCAAUACAGAACAAAAAAUAAGGACAAGCCGGAAUGUAGCGGCCCCAAUAUUAAAAUAUUAGGUCCGGAAAAAGGUAUGGAACGAAGAAAAUUCGGCUUCUCAUGCCAGAAGUCGUUUUUCGUUUUAAUAUAAAAUACAAAAUUUCCGUGCUACUUCUUUUCUAUCUUUACAGUUCGUUCACUCUGAGUUAAAAUUCAUCUCCUUAUUUUAUUGGAGCAGAUUUAGAUUUUCCGGACGAUUUUACAACUGAUGCACAUUUACAAGAACUUUUAUACAUUCGCUUUGAUAUGAAACCAUCUGGCUACGUAAAUGACCAUUUGGUAUCCGAGUUUUGCCACAGAAUUCAGCAUGAUUUAAAAGCCAAAAUUUCCCAUUGUGAUAAUGUUAUUUUACUAUAAAAUAGAAAACAAAAUACAAAAUAAUUUAGGGAUUUUUUAUGAUGGUGUUAAGAGUGUAUUUGAAAGUUAGCUGAAAUCAGUGUAAUUUUCUGUUGGGUGGCAUUUUUUCAAGAUCUUAUUCAACUAGGUCUGAUAUUAUGUAGUAGUUAAUGUGAGAAUAAACAUGUUUGAUUUUGGG